UCCGUGUAAUGCUUUUUCAAAUUAUUAGUCUUUGUUUACUGCAAGUCUACGCUAUGUUUAGUAUAUUCUAGUAUUUUCUUAUUGAGUGCAUUUUGUUUUUGUUGCCCCGCGGUCACAUUGCUGUUGCAAUCAAUAAAAACUAUUUUGCCAAUUGCUCUUUUUUUAAUCCACAUUCAAGCCAAUUGCAUCACAACUGCACAGAUAACGUCACGUUUUAACGCUGUGCUUCACAAAACAUGAGCGAUCGUCGCCUGGAAUUAGAGAGUGAGAGGCGUGCGACUUUUGCUGAAUGGCCUACUAAUGCGCCCGUCCAUGUUGAUGAUUUGGUGAAAAAUGGUUUCUUUGCUACGGGCAAUUGGCUGGAGUGUGAGUGCAAUUGGUGUCACAUACGCAUAGAUCAUUGGGAAUAUGGCGAUCAAGUCGCGGAACGACAUCGUCGCGCUUCGCCAAUUUGUUCAAUGGUCCUGGCGCCCAAUCAUUGUGGUAAUGUCCCGAUGGAGCCAACUACAAGUGACUGUGAGGGCAACAGUGUGGUCGAUGGCGGUGGAACAACACAACAGGGUACCCAAUGCGCUUGUCCGGAUCUCUUGAUAGAGGCAAAUCGAUUGGAGACUUUUAAGGAUUGGCCUAAUCCUAAUAUCACACCACAAGCAUUGGCCAAAGCAGGAUUUUACUAUCUUAAUCAAGCGGAUCAUGUGAGAUGCGUUUGGUGCAAGGGCGUGAUAGCCAAAUGGGAGAAGAACGAUAAUGCUUUCAAUGAACAUCGUCGCUUCUUCCCCAACUGUCCACGCGUACAAAUGGGACCACUAAUUGAGUUCGCCGGCAAGGAUCUGGAGGAACUGGGCAUACAGCCUACUACACAACCGCAGCGUCCAAAAUACGCCAGCAUGGAGGCGCGCUUACGCACAUUUAGUGAUUGGCCCAUUGCCAACAUACAACCAGCCGAUGCACUAGCUCAAGCAGGUUUAUACUAUCAAAAAAUUGAUGAUCAAGUGCGCUGCUUUCAUUGCAAUAUUGGAUUACGCUCUUGGCAAAAGGAAGAUGAGCCCUGGCAUGAACAUGCCAAAUGGUCACCCAAAUGCCAGUUUGUACUGCUCGCCAAGGGACCCAAUUAUGUGCGUCAGGUGCGUGAAACAACUAACUCAGGCGCAUCGUCAUCAUCAUUAGCCGAUGCCUCGGCACCGCCCUCGGUGCCUACGACCAUCAAUGGCGCCAUGUCCGCUGCGCCAGCAUGUGAAGCAUUGGCCUUAGGCAUUGAUGUGGGCGUGGUGCGUUCAACUAUAGCACGCAAGCUCUCUAGCACAGGUAGCGCCUAUGACACUUUGGAUGAGCUGCUGCAUGCUAUAUUCGAUGAUGCAGGGGGAGAUGCAGCGUUGGAGGUGACCGAACCUACAGCGCCACCUGCAGAAAGCACAGCCACCACCAGCAAAGCCGCAGCAGCAGCCGCAACAGCACCAGAUGAACCACCCAAAGCUAAAGUAGCACCAGCAGCAGCAGCAACCCUUAUGCCAGCACCGGUUAAUGUGGCUAAUCCGAAUGGCAACUUGUCACUCGAGGAAGAGAAUCGUCUGCUAAAGGAUGCACGCUUGUGCAAAGUCUGUCUGGAUGAAGAAGUGGGAGUGGUUUUUCUGCCCUGCGGUCAUUUGGCUACUUGCAAUCAAUGCGCGCCGAGCGUUGUUAACUGUCCCAUGUGCCGUGCUGAUAUUAAGGGUUUUGUCCGCACAUUUUUAUCCUGAAAAGUAGCAUAUCUUAUUGGAAGGAACUUAGCAUAAUUAUUGUCUACUAUGUACUUGUAACGCCUAGCGUAGUUGGCCUAUCAGCUGUUUAAUCGUUUACUAACCUGAUAGCUAACGCGUCUCACAUGUUACUAACUUAUAUACUAUUAUUAUUGUACUAUGUCGAAUGUUUAGCGCAAGUAUUUUUACUCAUUUUAAAAUUCUAUCACAUGUUUAUAAUUGUAAGUGCUCUUGCCAGUUAGCCAAUGGCUUCUAAACGAAUUACAAGGAUUUCGAUUUGAGUUUGAAUUUUGCUGCUGACAAGAGCAAUGCUUAAAACAAUAUUCGGCUGUGCCGAAGCUUCACAUAAAAAAGCUGUACAUUUAUUGUUGUUUGUUUCUGUUAUUGUGCCGCUGAUUUAAUAGUUUAUACACACACAAAAUCCAAAUGCAAAUAUACAUAUACAUAAAUAUUACUAUUGUCCUAUCAUUAUCACUAAAUGCUGCUGUGACGUCAGUGAAAGUGACCCGUAGUGCUAUUGCCUUAAAAAUUCAAUACAAAGUACAAUGAAUGACGCGUUUAAAUAAUGCAAUAUUAUCUUGAUAAUUUAUACAGUGUCUAAUUGCUUACCUCAU